AUUCAGGGGAUGAAUUCUGAUGACCCAGUUGUGCGGCAGAAAGCUGUCCAGGAGACAGAAAAAAGACUACUGCUUACAGAGAAAGACCAAGAGGAAGACGAAUGCAGGACCACCUUGAACAAGACCAUGAUCAGUCCUCCACAAGCUUUUGCAAAGAAUGCAGAUGAGAUAAACUCAGCGGCCUUCUUGGUAUCUUUAGAGAAGGAUGCAAAGGAACGAGCCAGGAGGAGACGAGAAAACAAAGUCUUCGCGGAUGCCCUAAAGGAAAAGGGGAAUGAAGCAUUUGCCAAAGGUGAUUAUGAAACAGCUGUCCUGUGCUACAGUGAGGGUUUGAAGAAGCUGAAGGACAUGAAAGUGCUGUAUACCAACAGAGCCCAGGCCUAUAUAAAACUUGGGGACUACCAAAAGGCACUAGUGGACUGUGACUGGGCUCUAAAGUGUGAUGAAAAAUGCACAAAAGCAUACUUCCACAUGGGAAAAGCUAACCUGGCCCUCAGGAACUACAGUGCGUCCAGAGAAUGUUAUCAGAGGAUCUUAGAAAUAGACCCCAAGCUGCAGACACAAGUGAAAGAUUGUCUAAAUCAAGUAGAUCUUCAGGAGAAAGCAGAACUUCAAGAGAAGGAAGCCCAUGAAUUACUGAAUUUGGGAAAGAACACAGCUCUGAUGACCAAGAAUCUCCUGGAGACACUUUCCAAGCCUGAUCAGCUCCCCUUGUUCUACGCAGGGGGGAUUGAGAUCCUUACAGAAGUGAUGAAGGAGUGCACAGAACAAACGUUAUUCAGAACACACAAUGGAUUCGGUAUCAUUGGUGACAAUGAGGUCAUAAGAAGGUGCUUUUCCACAGCAGGAAACGAUGCAGUUGAAGAAACAGUCUGUGUGUCUGUUCUCCGGCUCUGGCAAGCAGUGUGUGGUGGGAACGAGGAAAACCAGCGCCUGCUGGUGACAUGCCCUGACAUGGGUGAGCUGCUGCCCUCCCUCUUGGACUCCAGAGUCAUGACCAUCCAGCAGCAGAGCCUGGCCCUGCUGCUGCAGAUCGCCCAGACCGAGAACGGACGGAGCCUGAUCCUCAGCCACCUUGACCUGACCCAGUUAUUGGAGGCCCUGGUGUCAUUUCUUGAUUUCCCAGAUAAGAAGGCCAACACCGCCAUGGAACUGCUCACAGACUUGGCUCUGGAAAAAAGGUUCCAAGUCUGGUUCCAGGCCAACCUUCCAGGUGUUCUCCCUACAUUCAUAGGUGUUCUGAAGAGAAAUGCCAAGAUCACCAACCCCUCAGCUCUUUGCCAGUGCAUUGCUGUUAUGGGAAACCUUAGCACUGAUGCUCCCACGCGAAGACAGAUGGCUAGCUGUGAAGAAUUUGGGGAUGCCUGCUUGGGCCUCAUGGCCAAGUGUGAGGAGGAUAUGGACCUUUUCAGAGAGGUCAUGUAUACACUCCUGGGUCUCUUGAUGAACUUGUGUCUGGAUUCCCCCUUUGUCUCUGAGGCUUGGGCCGUGGAGGUGAGCAGAAGGUGCAUGGCACUACUGAACAGCCAGGAUGGAGGAAUCUUGACCAGAGCUGCUGGCACUCUGAGCCGGACCCUUCCUUCCUCUCUGAAAAUUGUUGAGGAGGCCCUGCGAGCAGGAGUGGUGAAGAAAAUGAUGACAUUCCUAAAGACCGGAGGCCAGACCGCAUCACGUUAUGCCAUAAAGACACUAGCUAUCUGCAGUAAUAGUUGUCAUGAAGCACGGGAAGAAGUCAUACGACUGGAUAAAAAGUUCAGUGUUUUAAUGAAGUUGCUUAGCUCAGAGGAUGAUAUCCUGGUGGGAAAUGCCGCCCUCUGCCUUGGUAACUGCAUGGAGGUGCCAAACGCAGCCUCUUCCCUGCUGAAGACGGAAAUUGUGAAGAUCUUGUUAAAGCAUGCAGGCGGCGACGCCCAGAAGACGGCUGUGCAGCUGAAUGCAGGGGUCGCUCUGGGGAAGCUGUGCACGGCUGAGCCGAGGUACGCCGCUCAGCUGGGAGAGCUUCAUGGGCUAGAGAUCCUCAGCUCGACAGUGAAGCACAUCAAAGAUUGA